GCAGCGUCAUUUUGAACAGGCGCUGCAGGGACAGCUAGACGACACAGGUCCUCCCAUCGUUAACGCGAGAGCGGCACGUGAACAGGGUCAGAGGUCAGAGGUCAGGAUGGGUCGCUCCUCCAAAGACAAGCGGGACAUUUACUACCGUCUGGCCAAAGAGGAGGGCUGGAGAGCGAGGAGCGCCUUCAAGCUGCUGCAGCUCGACCACGAGUUCAACCUGUUCACAGGUGUGAACAGAGCGGUGGAUCUGUGUGCAGCUCCUGGCAGCUGGAGUCAAGUCCUCAGUCGCAAACUCAGAGCUCGAGGAGAGAAGGGUGAGAAGGGGGACGGGGGUGAGGAGGUGAAGAUCGUGGCGGUGGACCUGCAGGCCAUGGCUCCUCUGCCAGGAGUCACUCAGAUCCAGGGAGACAUCACCAAGGUGUCGACAGCUCAGGAGAUAAUCCGACACUUUGAGGGUCAGCCGGCCGACCUCGUGGUCUGUGAUGGAGCUCCAGACGUAACCGGGCUCCAUGAUGUGGACGAGUACAUCCAGGCUCAGCUCCUAUUGGCUGCUCUGAACAUCACCACUCACGUCCUGAAACCUGGAGGAACGUUUGUGGCCAAAAUCUUCAGAGGUAAAGACGUGACGCUGCUGUACUCUCAGCUGAAGAUCUUCUUCAGUGGUGUUACCUGCGCUAAACCUCGCAGCAGCAGGAACUCCAGCAUUGAGGCUUUCGUGGUGUGUCAGAAUUACUCUCCUCCUGAUGGUUAUGUCCCCAACAUGUCCAACCCUCUGCUGGAUCACUCCUACGAUGUGGACUUUAACCAGCUGGAGGGUCCAAACCGUGUCAUCGUCCCCUUCCUGGCGUGUGGUGACCUCAGCGCCUUCGACUCUGACAGAACCUACCCUCUGCAGCUCGAUGAUGGUAAACAGUACCAGUACACCCCCCCCACUCAGCCGCCCAUCUGCCCCCCCUACCAGCAGGCCUGCCACCUGCGCAAAAACAACCUCCUGUCCAGAGAGGACGCCCCGUCGGCCUGUCCCAGCCAGAGUCCACACGAGCCAGAACCACCGGCAGAGUCCACCUGAUCCAUGUCUCUGCUGCUGAUUGGUCGACAGGUUUAUCAUUAAAGGAACAGUCUCCUCUUUUCUGUCAGAUCAGACGAUGGAGGUUUGUCCAGAGGGAAACUGUUCACCUGUGUUCACCUGUGUUCACCUGUGUUCAUCCUCCUGGUCUGGACUGAACAUGACCUGGAUCUCUGUCUGGUCAGGGGACUUUUUACUGUGUUGUCUGAUUUUAUGUUGAGUUGUUUGAGACUGAGGAAUUAAAAACAUUUAAUAUUUUAAAGAUAAAAGUUGUUUCUUGGAGAAGCAGCAUCGAGGUUUACGUUUAAUUCCCUUCAUUUUAACACUGAUUUCAUCCUGAAUGUUUCUGUCUAUAAACAUCCUCAGGACACUCAGUAAUAUUAAUAUCUGUGUCAGAUUAAAAGCUCCUGCCUGUUAAUAAACAGAGUGCAGGUGAUUGACAGUUG